AUGAACGAGGAAAGACCAGAAGACUUACUGAACUACUGCGCAACCAACAAAAUCCAGUUCAAGUUCAUACCUGUGUUCAGUCCGUGGCAAAGAGGAGUUUAUGAACGAAUGAUAGGCAUUUUCAAGUCCGCCUUCAUGCAAGCCACAAGAAAUCGGACACUUCCAAUGGACGAUUUACAUACACUAGCAAAGGAAUCGGAAGCCAUUUGCAACUCAAGACCUCUUACAUACGUGAACGACCAAGAAGACUUCUUACCUUUACGCCCAGUUGGUUUCAUACGUCCCACAGUUCGCCUAUCUUCUCCCCGUCUGCUCAAUGAAGACGAUGAAUGGAGGCCACAAUACACAACGAAAGACAAUCUGAUCAAAGACUGGAGAUUCGGACUCCAACUUCUCGAGACCUUUUGGAACAGGUGGCAAGUCGAAUACCUGACAUCUUUACGCGAGCGACAACAAAUUUCUGGCCCCUAUCCACGGAUCCAUCACAACGACAAGCCAGCAAAUGGAGAGUACGUUCUCAUCCAAGACGACAACAAUAAGAGAGGCAUGUGGAAAAUGGGACAAAUAUGUGGAUCAUCCGACGGAUAUCAGCGUUCAGUUCAAAUUCGACUGCCUUCACGACUGAUAAUAACAAGGCCCAUCAACCUUGUCAGCCGCUUCGAAAUCACUUCAAAUUCAACUACUCAAGAACACACUCCAACUGUGCCCACGAAUACUCAGAACGAAUCAACGGAAAGAAGAACCCCAUCCCCGACCCAUCAUAUGGUCACUCGGUCCAAAGCUCGACGACAACAACUGAGCCUACCCUUAUUCAUUUCGAUCAUGACAGCUCUCCCACAGUGCAUCAUUACGGCCAGCUCUCGUUGUCCUGAAGAACUAACACUUGACAAGAAAAUCAUUUACGCAACUCCGUGUGUGACAAAGGGAAUAGCUGUAGCAGUGUAUUCAAAGGAGAACAAACGGCAGAUCUGCUGGUUUCCAAUUACAUGCUCACACGGCGAAACUCGAGCUUCCUUCCACCCAUCAAAGAAUCUACAACUCUGCGGACGGAAAUGCGAAUGCCCAAAAUGGUCACAAUUCUGCUCACACUACAACAACUCUCGCACACAGCAAUCAAAGGCGUCGAACAUCCCAUCUGAGUUUCUUCAUUUUAAUCCUGACGAGGUCUGCUCCUUCGAGCAAUCAACCAAGUGCAGCCAGAAAAAGAAAAUUGGAACGUUUAACCAAAUCGAACUCUACGAUGGCACAUUGCUUAUGGUACCCCGGCUUCAAGUUUCUGAGAAGGACUAUCUGAACUCCGACGACUUCAUAUGCAUCGAUUUGGACGGAAGGCUAGUCACUGCAACACAUCCCUACCGAGGAACAUCAAUGUUUUGCGAAAAGCAGCAAUGCAAUGACGGUGCCGAUAAGUUCUGUAUGUAUGACACACCAGUCGCGCUGUAUGACUUCAGCAAUACGAGAUCCUCGGACAUGCUGAUCCCUAUCAAAGCAUGGGGAACGACCAUGAGAGAAUUCUAUCCUCACAACACGGACGCUCACGCUGAGGCUGUUUUCAUUUCAGCCAAAUGCUCAAAAGGAGGUGUGGAAAUAGGAUCAGAUCGAGAAAUCGAUAAGAUAGAAGCAUGCAUAAGCUCUUACUGCGUCUUUGCAACCCACCUCUCGAAUACCGCACUGUUCUUCCCGACGGAGCUAGUAGUUUUUAAGUACACCAUCAAAAUCACAGCAUGGCAAAAUGGACUACACGUUCAUCACUCCUCUCUAACUUGUCCCUCGCAUCCAAUAUGCGAAGUUCUCCACUGCAGCCUCUGCAUAGAGAAAAUCUACAAUACUCAAUGUUGGACAAACCUUGACAUCUUGUUGAUCACAUCAAUAUGCAUCAUCUUGUUAUCAUGCUACUGGAUCUUGAAACCGGUCAUCUUUGUCAUCAAGAAAACGAUGAAGCUACCCCUCCGCCUUCUCAACUUCCUCUUCAACCUUCUAAGAAGGAACAAAAGGGAAACCACGAGAAGAGAAACAAACCCCUCCACCACUCAGUUUCGAACCUACACUCACUGCAAACGACAACACCGUUCACUUCGACACCCCGCUGUCUUCGUUGCCACAGCAAUCCUUGUCUACGGGUCAUAA